AUGAGCCUUCAGCUCGUUCAGAGCUACGAUUCAGACGAGGAAGAAGCGCGUCUAAAGAGCGCUGCUUUCGAGCAAGGAGACAAUUCGUCGGAUUCAUCAGGCAGCGAUUCCGAAGACGCGGAAGAUGCGGAGGAUGCGGAGGCAGAAGACGCUUCGCGGAACGGAGAAAAUAGCGGCGGGAAGGAAAACGCGGGAGGAGCGGCGACGGCCGGUAGGAAUGCCGGAGGAGCGCUGGCGGCCGGUAGAAUAGGCGGCGUGAGACGAACGGCUGCUGGGUUUUUGCCGGAGAAAGGACCCUCGGGAUUGCCGUCCGCUGCAGCGGCGUUCGAAGCGGUGCGUGGUACUUCUAGGCCGGUGCUGCGGCAAUGGAAUAGAGGAGAGGAGGACGGGCGAUGGGAGGGAGGGAAGAGGGGAGGGAAAUUUAGGGUUAGUAGAGGGGGGGAAGAGGUUAUACCGAGUGAGGGAGAGGUACGGGAAAGGACCCUCGGGAUUACGGUCCGGUUCGAAGCGGUGCACUUCUAUUCCGGUGCGGCGGCAAUUGUGUCAUUCCCUCAGGUAGGGGGGCCGCCAUCCUUCCUCGCCCCCACGGCCCUAUCCCACCACAUGCAUAUAGCCCGCGCCGGGAAGCUCGUUGCCAUGGGAUCGGCCAAUGAGGAGGCGCCACGUGGCAUCGUGACUGUCGCGGGGGCGCCUGCAGCUGCUCCUGCAGCGGUGGUGUACCGAGAGAGGCGGGCUGGGGGAGUCGGUGGUGGGGCACGGGAGAUUGUAGCAGCACCUGUGAGAAACCCUAACGCCCCUGCUGCUGAACCUGCUGCUGUGGAAGGGGGGGAAGAGGGAGCAGAAGGCUCCGACGCAGCAAAUGGGGAUGCGACACGUGGCAGAAAGGCAGUGGGCGUUUCAAUGCCACCUAAAGCAGAUGCAGUGGAUUUACUCAGGAUCUGCCCGACCUGUCAGGUUCCUAAAACUCCUUCCUCGGGGCAGGGUGUGGUCUGCCCGAUUUGCCGCGAUAGGCCAGCAGGGGAUGCUGACGUGGCAGCGGGCAGAGAGAAAUCAAAAAGGCGGGAAGGGGACAGUAAAGUCAAGGACAAGGAGAAAUCGAAGCGAAUGAAGGGCCAAUCAUCGCAUGCCACAUGGAAGAGUGAGACAGAGAUGCAGUUGAGGCAGACAUAUGACUGA